GGGUACUCUGAAAAAGGGUCUCUCAUUCUUCACUUCCAAAAAACUUCACAUUCAUUAUUUAUCUUAAUUUUACUGACAUUCUACAGAUCUUCCCAGAGGGGUUGUUUUACAAUUCUUAUUUUAACUAGUUUUUUGUAUUCUACAAUCUGAAAUCUGAACCCAACCCAUCUUUUUUUUUGUUUUGAUAUUGAUGUGUAAGAUCCUAUGCUUUCACAUUUAUUUCUUGUUCCCACUUCCCAUCUGAUCUCUGGGUUUGUUUCUGGUGUCCAGUCAAAGGUAUAUUGAAUAUUGAUUUGGGUUUUUCUCUCUCUCACAAUAGAUUGAAAAUUUAGGAAAGAUAGACACUCAGCAAUAAGGUGCUAGUGGAAGUUGGUUUUUGGCCAUUGAGAUGGAAAAAAGGAAAUGGUUGUGGAAGAGGAAGUCUUCCGAGAAGAGCCCUGGUGAAACCGAAAGUUCAGAAUCGUUCUCUUCGCAAUCUGAAAGGAACUCUGAUGAUCAGGAGGUGAUGAAGACAUCUCCAAAUCAUAACACUCAAUCACCAGAAGUGACAUCCAAAGCUGCAGUCACCGGUGAAGAUGUUAAUGAUAGCGUUAAGAGUCUGACAGAGAAGUUAUCGGCUGCUCUUGUGAAUGUUAGUGCCAAAGAUGAGUUGGUUCAGCAGCAUGCCAAAGUUGCUGAAGAAGCUGUUGCAGGAUGGGAAAAGGCUGAAAAUGAAAUGGCAUUUUUAAAGCAACAACUUGAGGCAGAAGAACAGAAGAACUUAGCACUGGAAGACCGAGUGGGCCAUCUUGAUGGAGCUCUCAAGGAAUGUGUCAGGCAGCUAAGGCAAGCAAAAGAGGAGCAAGAGCAAAGGAUUAAUGAAGCUGUGGCGGAGAAAACUCGUGAAUGGGAAUCCACCAAAUUAGAGCUCGAGAGCCAGCUCAUUGAGUUCCAAACUCGAGCAGAAUCUUCAGGAUCUCUUGAUCUUGAUCUUCCCCACAAACUUGAAUCAUUAGAAAAAGAUAACUCGGCCCUUAAACUUGAGCUCCUUUCUCGAUCUGAGGAGUUGGAACUUACCAACAUCGAAAGGGACUUGAGCAUCCAAGCAGCGGAAACAGCAAGCAAGCAGCAUUUAGAGAGCAUAAAAAAGGUGGCCAAGCUUGAGGCUGAGUGCCAAAGGCUGCAAGCAAUGGCUCGCAAGUCUUUCACAGCAAAUAAUCAUAAAUCCAUUGCUGCUUCCUCAAUCUAUGUUGAAUCGCUCACAGCUAGUCAAUCAAACAAUGGCGAACGGCUAAAUGCAGUAGAGAGAGAUGCUCGGAAAAUAAAUUGUAGAAUAGAACCAAAUGAGAGUGAAGAAAGCUGCUCCGAUUCAUGGGCAUCAGCUCUAAUUGCCGAGCUUGAUCAAUUCAAGAACGGAAUAGUCAAAAACAAAAAUCUUGCAGCCUGCUCUGUUGAUAUUGAUAUCAUGGAUGAUUUUCUGGAAAUGGAGCGACUUGCUGCUUUGCCUGACAUUGGGAGUAAAAGUCGUCGCUUUCAAUCAGAAGCUGUUGCCAAUCAAUCUGCUAAUGAAGAAAACCCAUUGAGAUCUGAGCUGGAUGCCAUGAAUGGUCGGAUGGCAGAAUUGGAGGGGAAAUUAGAGAAGAUAGAAGCAGAAAAAGCUGAGCUGCAGAAUGCUUUAACCGCAAGCCAAGAUUCUCUCAAGGCAUCACAGUUUCUGCUGACACAGGCUGAAAUGAGAUUGGAGGAGCUGCAAAGGGAGCUAAGUGUGGUGAAUGAAUCAAAGGAGUUGCUUGAGUUUCAACUCAUUGGUAUGGAAGUGGAAACACGGACCUUAUCUGCAAAGGUUGAAUCACUAAAAGUGGAGGUUGAGAAGGAGCGGAGUUUGUCAGCAGAAAUGGCAGUCAAGUGUCGGGGAUUGGAGGAUGAGCUGAUGAGAAAAUCCCAGAAAAUUGAGCUUCAGCAAGCUGCAAAUUCAAAUGGCGAAUUGAAAAUGAAGCAGGAAGAAGACCUAGCUGUAGCAGCUGGAAAACUUGCAGAGUGCCAGAAAACGAUAGCAUCUCUCGGAAGGCAGCUCAAAUCUCUAGCAACACUGGAAGACUUCCUCAUUGACACUGAGAACUUGCCAGGGCUCUCUGGAGGAGGAUCAUUGAUUCCUAAAGAUGGUGGAGAACUGUGGAAGUUGCAUUCUAACAACACAUUUACAUCCAAGAGUGAUUUAGACCCCCCAAAAGUGCUCAAGGAGAAUGCUGGUCCUUUAGUGAAUGGUAACAACGAGGAAUCGCCAGCUUCAUCAUCAUCAACUUCAUCUUCCGCGUCAUCAAAUCAUGUCAGCUCUGCCAAGAGUCGAAAUGGCUUUGUAAAGUUGUUCUCGCGAAGUAAGAGUGGUAUUCAACUGGAAAACCAGCAAGGAUGAACAAUAGAGGGUAUGGAUAAACAAUCAAAAAAAAUUGUAGUUGUAGGCCAUGGGAUUUUAUUGUUUUCUCAUUGUGACUGCUGAUUAAAUUCUGUUUAAUUGGCAAUUAAUGUACUUGGAUGUGGUUUGUAAAUUUUGAAAUCUCAAAGAGGGUUUUAGACUGCUA